AUGCCUAAAGCGACAGGAGAGGUCCAACUGGCGCACAAUGGCAAGAGAAUCGCUACGACGCAUGGAUUCUCAGCCGCCGAAGAACAGCGCCUUGAGCAAGCACUCCGCGCUUCCGCAAAAACCAUAGCACCAACGCCAAUCGGCAAAGAACGCAACAAGCUUUAUGCCUCGCACAAGGAUCAAAUCUUUGCUCAAUUCCAAGGUCAAUGGAACUGGUCCAAAACGUCACAGAAAUGGACGGAGAGCUCGAUCAACAAGGUGCUCUCCAAUUAUCUCUUCGACUAUAACAAGAAGAGCGCUCCCAAGAAGGCGACGAAGGCCAGACCAACCAAGAAGAACGAUGCUCCCGAGGACACCGUCACUCAGCCGAAAUACAUCGUGCCUUACCUCAGUGAAGAAACUUCCAUCAAACCGACUCGGGGACGUCCACGCAAGAAUGCUCCAAGCUUUACACCAAUCAACAAAUCACCAUCACCAGAUGAUCAGCUUCCUUCCGGGCUUUGGGAGUCCCCUUUCGACAAGCCGUCAGAAUCGCCAACUGACUCGGUUCUGCCAUCCGUUGAGCAUGAGUCUCUACCAAAGUUAUUCGAUGUCAUUCUGGUAAUCUAUCCAAACUCGACAGACCCUUGGGGUCGUGAAUUCUUCUCGUUUCCACUUUGGCGCUGUCAGGUGCCACUGAACGGAAGAGACGCGGCACCAGAGUCGCUGCGAGAUUGGCGCGAUUUAUCGUUCCCUGACUUCCUACGUCAGCUCAGGCUGGAGCAAGUUCUCACUGAAGAGGAUAUAGUCGUCUGGUCGGAAUUCAACUCUGUGGUCACCAGUGACGUUACCUUCGCAAGUGCAGUGGAGGAGCAGCUUAAGGGCGCUUCUUCCAACAACCUAGCCCCUAACGAGGUUACAUUCGCGAUUAUUGGAAGUAGGUUGCUCGCUCUUUUCUGA